GUUCAGUUGUGAACAAGCUUGAUUAACGAUCAGAUGUGUGUGCGUCGUCUUCUCACGAUGAAUUCUACUAGUUCUUUAAGUGACGCGUGGCGGUUAUAGUUUCUAGCAUACCUCUGGAAUCCCCGAAGUGUUCUCCCGAUUGUGUGGUGGCGUUGAAAGUGUCGAUAUUGGUCAAAUUAUUCUUUUUCUUUAAAAUAUUUGAAAUGUUUUAGUUAUGUGGCUACCUGGAAAUGAGUUGUUACGACAAACUCACACCAUCUGAGGAGGAGGAUUGUUUUACUGACACUCGUUCUACCAAGGCUUUACCAGGAGAAAACCGACUGUUGGUGCAUCAGUGGGGCCUAUUCGAGUGUUGUCAGAAGAUUAUUACAACACUGCUGCCACCACCGCUCCACACAAUCAUGUUGCCAGACCCUAGCUGAGGAGCGAGACUGCAGGCCAGUGAUGGUGGUAAUGGAUUGGCUGCUGCAGUAUGUCCCAGGCACCAAUAGACAGUGCUGGUGGUGGAUGUAAAGCCCAACCACCGCACAAUGUGGUGGUCUACAUGGCUGGAGAAGGGGGAGGUCAAAACGGGGGACCGGGAGGAGGUGGAGGUGGGGGCGUGCAGGGGGUACCCCGCGCCCUGAUCACGCCGAAUCCGGUCAAGCCUACGAACCCCCACAUGGCCAACGGCUUUCGACUGUCAAACCCAUUGCACCAGAAGCAGCUCUACAAUGGAGUGGAUGCGGUCACCAACUGCUACCCCGCCAGUCAGGCUUUGCAAUACCUCCCCGGUGGCAAUUACAUUACCACUGUCACCGUACAACAAUCACAGCAGCAGCAAGUUCAACAACAGCAGCAGCAGCAAGUUCAACAACAGCAGCAACAAAGUGGAAGGCAGCAGAAUGUGCAGCAGCACCAACAACAACAACAACAACAAUCACAAUCACAGCAGCAGAAUCCAGCUGGUUUUAUGCAAGUCAACAAUAUUGGCAAAAACAAUGCCAUGAUGAAUAUGAGUAAUCAAAUGAUGAAUAACCAAGUGAUGAGUAAUAAUAAUAAUAGUAAUAAUAAUACUGCUAGUAAUAAUAGUAAUAACAAUAAUAAUAAUAACAGUAACAAUAACAAUAAUAAUAAUAAUAAUAAUAAUAAUAAUAAUAGUAAUGCAUUGGUGGUUGCUCGUCCAAGAACUAGUUCGCGGUGUGAUUCAGUGAGGUCGGAAACGGCCGAGUCUAGUUGUAGCAGCUUGAGCUCUGAUAGUCAGAAUGAACAGCAACAGCACCACCACCAACAGCAGCUAGAAAAUCUCCAACAGCAGCAGCAGCCGUACCAACAGUACAUGAACAGUUAUCCAAAUUACAUGGCAUCUCAGCCAGCAGGAGCCAAUAACAUCAGUGGUAUGCAUCCCAGUGUCUACAAUACUACCGGUAAUCAAAACACCAGCAUUGUACAAAGUUUCCAGCAAGUGAAUGCUGUGCAGCAUGUGCAAAUGCAGGGUGGACAGCUACAGAUUAUGCACCAGUACAAUUACGUUCAGCAAGGGCAGCAACAGCAGUCCUGCAUGAUGCAAACCCAAGGGCCAUGCACAAUGCAAGUUAUGCAAGGACAGAACAUGCCGGCGGCACACAACAUGAACAUGCAUGGACAAGCUAAUAUGAAUGUCAUGCCCAAUAUCAACAUGAACAUACAACAACCAGGGAAUAACAUGGCUGGGGGACAAUACCACAUGGGGCAUGGCCCCAAUGUCAUGGCACAGACUAAUUGUCACGGUAAUGCCCACGUGAACAUGGGCCAGUAUCCAGUUCAGCAGCAGCAACAGCAACAGCAACAGCCGCCGUUUGUAGCUGGUGGGAUUGGCGAACAGCAGGCGCCCCAGCUGAAUGUCAUACAGGCAGCCAACAGUGGCAACAACUCCUGUGUGAAAAUGAGUCAGAUGGGGCCAAAUUCUGCCAUGUUCCCAGCCACUGAUAUUUUAGUCGUUCCCUUUGGAUGGAGGAGAGUUAUCAACAGUGGCCAAGUUGUCUAUAUAAGCCCCAGCGGAAGUGAGCUCAGGAACAACCUUGAAGUGGGCGAAUACUUGACCACGGAAGGCACCUGCAAGUGCGGCUUGCAAUGUCCUCUCCGGGUCGAAAACACCUUCAGUUUUGAUCCCAAGAUCCCCUCGCGACCAACAUUGCCGCCUGAGUUGGAGUCGGGCGACAUGAGUAAGCUGUGCAACCAUCGGCGGAAGCUAGCCAUCGCCUUCACCCAUCAUCUACACAACAAUGCGAAGAAAGAGGAUGGAAGGAAGAAAAGGAAGCGGAAAGCAAACGAUGCAGUUGACACACCAGGAGGGAACCCCACCACCUCUCACAUGCCUAGGAGAGGGGCAGGGGGUGGAGGAGGAGGAGGAGGAGGAGGAGGAGGAGGAGGAGGAACUGCUGCUGCAGCAGGGGUAGCAACACAGAUGCCCCUUGUAGCAGCUACCUCCUCACCUGCACAGAUGGCUCGAGGGGCUACCGCACCAACGCAAAUGCCCUGUGGAGCCCAUAACCUUCAGCAGAUGCCCAGGUUGCCUUCUCCAGCUCAGAUGGCUCGCACUCCCACGCCUACCCAGUUUAAUGCUCAGCAACAGCAGUUACAACAGCAGCAGCAGCAACAGCAGCACCACCAGCAGCAACAACAACACCCAAAUUGCUUCCAACAGCAACAGGGAUGGGGGAUGAUGGGCGGAAUGCCUGCAAUGGGGAGUUGCAGUGGCUAUGGAAACAUGGGUGGAAUGAUGGCAAAUCCACAGGGUUGUAAUCCUCACUACACACAGCAGCAUCCUGUGACCCAACCAUGUCCACCUACCUCCCAUACCUGCUGUAAUUCUCACCACAUGUUUCAAGGGAAUAUGAAUAUGAAUGCCAUGGGUGGCCCUAACAUGGCCCCUGCCAUGAGACCAAACAUGGGGCCAGGAUUUGGAGAGAUGAUGAGACCCAAUAUGUGCCGUCCCAUGGAUCCAUCCAUGUUUCGGCCUCAAAGUCAGGCUGCUCUUCAGCAGCAACAGCAGCAGCAGCAGCAGCAGCCAUCACCUCAACACCAACAGACUGCUCAGCAGCAACCUCAGCAAUCACAGUUUACACACCAACCACCUCAAGCCAUGAUGGGUCCAGGAUCACAUAUGAUGCAGGGAAUGAGAGGUGUAGGACCACACCCCUCCAAUUUAAUGAAUAACAAUAUAAUGUGUCGCAUGCCAGGACCUGGCAUGAUGCCUCCUCGUGUUCUACCUCCUGGUGCUAUGCCUGCACCACAGGCUGCUGGUGAAAGACCCUCUGCUCCACAGCCAUUCUGGGAAGAAGGAGAAAAACGUCGCAAAUCAGGUGGCAGGGCAAAAAAACGCUUCAAAAGUGCAAAUGCUGUUGAGCAUGUAUCUGCAUGCCCCAAUGUAGAUGUUAGAAAUCUGCAUGGUGACCACCCUAGGCCUACCAUAAGUGGCCAGAGUGGGCCAGGCCCACCAGCUUCUGGACCAUCCUUCAUGGAUGACCCAAGUGGGUAUUUGGCCCAGCAAACAGCACUUCUAAAUAAUACAAUGGCAGGUGGAGGAAUGGGUCAGUUUUCACCUCAAGCUCCUGGUGUAUCACCAAGACCACCAGCACCACAACCACCACUUUCUCAGGCAGCUGUAGCAACAGCAGGGGCUACUGUACUUUCUGGAAUGUCCCCGCAACAGCAACAACAACAACAACAGUUACAGCAACAACAAACACAUCAACAGCAACAGCCACAACAACAGCAGCAGCAGCAGCAGCUUUCACAGCAACAAAUACAAAGUCAGCAGCAUCAGCUGCAGUCACAGCAGCAGCAGCAGAUACAGUCUCAUCAGCAACAAUUACAGCCUCAGCAACAGCCUCCACAUUCAGGUGUGACAGUUGUUGUAAGCAAUCAUGCAACUCGAUCAUCACAGAUAUCAACCUCCCCAACUGUUGUUCCUUUACCAAGUAAUGUUCCCCUACCAGCUAGAGUUAGUAAAGCAGCUACUCACACUACAAAUAGUGUCAUGACCACUCCAACCAUCCUUCCCACUCCGUCUACCCACACAAGUGUCUCUGGGAUAUGUACCCAGACCUUUUCAUCACCUCCAACAAGCAAUGCAACUCCAUCCAUUACCAAUCAUCAAAGCCCAUCCCAAAUUGAUGGAAAGAAUACUAAAACGAGUCCUACUAGUAGAAAUAAUACUGCACAUAGUGAAACCAGGCAGCUACAAAGUCCAAAAAAUGAAGGAGAAACAAACACGGGUGUUGCAUCAGUAGCAAAGGUAGAAUCAAGUGGCCUCAUUCACACUACAACAGUCACUUAUACUUCUUCUUCUACACUGACAACAAAUACAAAGAUAACAAACUCUAUGCCUAUAAUAUCACAAGCUGGUUGCCUUCACCAAAAAGACAAAGUUAGCUCAGUAUAUUGUAAGAGUGAGGAAGAACAGUCUAUGAAAAUCAAAUAUGAAUCUAGUGUAUCCAUUGAAAAUUUUAAGACCUCUCCAGCAACUUUACCAAAUAAUAAGGAAAUAGUUACUACAGAGACUUGGGGUAAUACAAAAGAGGUUAUUAAACCAGAAACUUGGUGUAAAGACAUGGGGAGUGUAAGUGGAAACAGUGAGAAUGAGGAGAGCAGUCCAGAUCAAUUUAGCAUGAAUGGAAAUAGUAAUGGGAGUGAAGGGGCACUAUCCAACAAACCUCUUACCCCAGGACCUCCUGGUGUGAGCACAGAGACUGGAGGAGUUACACAGUCACCUUUGGAAAUGGUACAAAGUAUUGUUAGUAGUAUUCCAGUGCCAUCCUCUCUUAGUCCAGUACGCCCAGGACUUCAGCAACCAACACCCAUACCUACAAUACCAACACAACCACAGUCCCAGCUUCCUCAGCAACAGACUACGGUUCCUAUGUCAGUUUCUCCUGGCAUGUACAGUGUGCCCAUGUCAACCAAUGUAACUGUAUAUGGUGGAGCUAACUCAAAUAACAUGGUUAGAGGACCAGGUCCUGUUUUAGUUGGGGGACCAGGUCAGUCUGGGGUGUUUGUGACAAGUGGGAGUGGAUGUAAUGGUCCUACCAACAUGGUAGUCGUUUCAUCACCUUUCAACACAAAAGGUGGAACUGGUGGGGUUAAUGUGACAUCAGGAGUGGCAAGUGUUGUGGGAGUGCAAGCUGCAAUGCCUCAAGUGCAGGUUCAGCAACACAUGCAACCAUUACAGCAACAUAUUCAACCUCAGUUACAACCCCAGAUUCAGCCUCAGUUACAACCUCAGUUACAACAAUUUCAGCCUGUCCAGCCUGUGGUACAACUAGUCAACACCUUUGCCACAAUGCAGGCACCAGUCAUAAUACAGAAUGGAGGCAACAUAAUACAGUCAUCUACUGGUAUUCUUCACAGCCCUGGUGGAAUGCUUGCAGGCCCUCCCUCACUCACACAAGGUACUAUUGUGACUGGCCAACAACUUGUUCCUACUCAAGCCACUUUAGCUGUUGAAGGCACACAUCAUCAGCAGCAGCAAAGUCAGGUGGGACAACCACAAUCAUCUCCUCACUUACAGGUAGCACAGGUAGUUACUACUGGCCUUACAGGAGAAACAGUGGAAGAUGCAAGGACUAGCAAUGCCUCAACACCUCUUGCUGCUGGUUCUACACCUUCUACUCCACAUUCUACACCAGGCUCAACUCCAGGAUCAGAUACUCCUUCAAGUGGAGGCUCUUCAGGUGGACGUCGGCGUAAGAGAAGAAGAAAUACCUCAACUCCACAAGGUACUGCGUCUUCUCAGUCUUCACCUCAGCACCAACAGCAGCAGCAGCAGCAAGGAAUAGUACCUACUAUUAUCAUGGGUAAUAAAGUUCAACAACAUAUGGUGAUGAAUGGGCCACACAUGACUCAAGUGGCACCUUAUGGUACUAUGGGAACUGUUACAACAGCCGGACAGAUGGCCCAAGUUGCCACAGGGGCUGGCCAAGUUGGUGGUGGUCAGAUGCUGCAGGCAGCAACUGCACAGGGAACAGGUGCCAUCAAUGUAGUGCAGAUGGUAGGCAAUACUUUACCUAAUUUACCAGUACAAGUACAUAAUCCACCAGCCAUCCUAGUAGGUUCAGCACCUCCUCAGGGAGUAGUUAUCAACCAGUUAGCAGACGGUACAUUUAUAUCGACAGACCCAAAUACGGGUAUGUCUUAUCCAGUGCAACUGCAGCUCUCUGGUGGGCACAUAGUUGGUAUGACCCCAACUGGUAAUGCAGCAGGUGGUAUGGUUGGCCCUCUCCCUCAUGGUGCAGCAACAGGAGGGAUGCAAGCAAUGGUAGCUGUGCGCCCUCCUGUUACUCAUACAACUGCAGUUGUAAAUGGUCCUAAAGUAGUUAACAUCUCUCCCUCAGCAUCAGCUCACUUGGCUGGUACUGGUGUUCAUGUCAUGCCUGUGACUGCAGCUGCAGCAUAUCCUGCCCCAGGUACAAAUGUCAGCCCUGGUCAAGCAGUGUGUGUUAAUCAAGGAGCUGUACCACCUGUGGUUGUGACAUCUGAAUACACAGGAGGCCAGCCCGUUGUGAUGGGUGCUGGUGGAUGCAGUAGCAACACCACAGUUGUGCAACACAAAACUACAAUUGUUCAGCAGAGGACAACUCUUGUGGCCACACAGGGGGGAGGUGAAACUGGUACACAUUCAUCUGUAUCAACACAAACACCAGGGAGCUUAGGAGAAAGUGAUGUCAGCAGUUCAGACUGCGUUGGCGUAGUAGCACCAGCUUCACCAUCCCACCAGUCUGCAGAAAUAACAACAACCCGUCACGAUGAAGAUGCCACACCUCCUUCUGAUCUUCCCCCUCCACUCCCACCACACUCCCCGGACAAGACCAAGCGAGCCAUUCCUGAGGAGCCCCAUAGUGCAUCCACUUCAGAGGAUGCGUUGACGUGCGGCCACGGAUUGGUCUGGGGGCCACACAGAGGCCACCACUACUGGCCGGCUCAGGUGCUCCACCAGGCUGGUGGUGAAUGUGUGGUACAGUGGUACGGGGAUCGUAGGGUGGAUACCGUCAGACAUUCCGUCCUGUCCAUGUUCCCAGUCCUGUCUCCUAGAGCACCCACGCGGCGUAGCAUAAGAGGACAAAAUGCUUUAGAGAAGGCAGUUGCUGAGGCUACCAAAGAUCAUCCAUAUCUUCAGCAGCUACAGCUACAGAAUCAACAGCCAAAAGAACUUCAGUUUCAGAUCAUACAACCAAAAGAAGAGAUUUCAGGACCUACAUUAGUUGCUACAGUCUGUGCUGUUAGUGUACCAUAUACUGGAAUGGGAAGUGGACAUACUUGUAAAAUGUUAGACAUGCAAGAUACACCACCACCACCCUUGGACCCCCGGCAUGUAAUCAUACCCCAGGUUAAACAAGCAACGUCAGGGGAUAGGAAGAAAAUGACAAGCAGGGUAAAAAACCUUCCCCAGGCUGCAUCGUUACUUGUAGGACAGUCUUCCCGGUCUUCUCAAGAACGUUUAUCUCAACCUUCUUUAGGACCGAUACGAAUGAAGCGUAAGAGAAGAAGCAGGUGACACACAUUUUAGAGGAAAUCUAUGGUAAAUAUUUUAUCUUUGAAAACUGAAAUACUGUAUUUGAGUCAUUAGAAUUGAUAGCUACUUGUAUAUCUUUCUCAAAACUCCCAGUUUAUAAUAGUAUUCAUGACUGAAGUGCCUCAACAAGCCAGAGACAUACAGUAGACUUUAUCACUACACUUAAUAUAUUUUAGAAUGAAAUAUUUAAUAGAUUUGGGUAAGGGAAUGCAAAUAACUUUGUACAAGUAAUAUGGAAAGAACCUGUAUCUAACAAGAGGUACGGUACAAGUGUAAACUAUGAUUAGUUUAGGCUACUUAGGGAAGACUCAUCACUAAUCCACCAGAAGAUAAUAGACUGGUUAAUCACCUUGGUGUUGUGUGUAUUACAUAUGUAAUAACUUUUAAAACGUCAAGAGAUAUACAUUACAACAAAAGAAGCUAUUUUUUAUUGUAGGUUGCAGGAUUUAUGGGAUAAGGAAAAAUCUUACGGCAAGGCAUCAACACACACGCACAAAACAGUUUGAAUUUUCUCAUUUCAAGUUUUUUUUUCUUCUAUGAAAAUGGGUCUAUUGCAGUUCAACAACAAAUUUUUUCUGAAAGGAAAGUUACUGUCCAGUCCUGAAAGAAUAUUCUACAGGAUUGGUAGAUUUUCUUUCCAUUUUCCAGUGAAGAACUGUGAUUACAAUAUUUAAUUCUCCACUUUGAUGUGCUAUUGAUAUGCAUAAGUUGUUUGUUAAUUUCAAGCAUUUAUGUAAACUGUACGUACAUACUAUAAAUGGACACUGUAUUACCAUUUUAAAUACUGUAGUAGUUUGUUGUUAAACUUCAUAUAGUGAGGAGAGUGAAUUAAAUUUAAUUUAAAAUUAGGAUCAUGCAUUUAAGAAGUACUUUCUCAUGUUCAAAACUGAAAAUAAUCUACAAUUGCAUUUUGUAACUUGGUAUACUCUGGUUUCACCAGAUGAAAAUAUUACCAAAAUGUCCCUGUUCCUAUGUAAAGAUCUACUGGUGUUGUAUAUAGACUAUGUACUUUACUUUGUGAAUCCAAUCAUCUGGAGAAACAUGUUCCUAAGAAGUACUUCUCAUUUUGUCCCAGAAAGUGAAAUGUCAGAAGAUUUAAUUAACUUUUUCAAAAGCUGCUCUGUUCAGUCAUCAGUGAUUUUAAGUAAAUUAUAUCAAUUUAAAAGUGCAUGUUGAUUUUAACAGUAAUGUUUGUCCUUGAUAAUUUCAUAAAUUUUUAAUACUUUUCCAAUGCUACCAAGUAAAACAUGAAAUUACAGGACAUUAUUUAUCCAAAAGCUUUGCAGGAAGCAAUCAAAAGGAAAAUUUAUGUAAUACUGUACUAUAUACAUACAUAUAGGGUAAAUCACAAAUUGCUCUUAGAGAUUUUUUUUAGUUAUUAAAGAAAUGACAUUUUUACAUGUAAGAGUUCCAAAAGAAACAUAGCUAUUUUGCUAUGUUAUUUAUUUAAAGUUAAAUCUUUAGUACUAAUUUGGUCUGUUUGUAGUUUUUACAUGUCUUCCAGCAAAACCACAGAAAAUGGAAAAAGUAGAAGUUUAAUUACAUCCUUACAGAAAGCAAGUGGGAUCCAGUAUUUAUUGAGAAAGCAAGUGAUUUACCCUGUAAAAUAUAAUAAUGAUUAUCAUUUCACUAUUCACACAGAUUUAACAGCCUUCUCCAUUGCAACAAAUCUGCUGCAGUUUCAGUGCAUUGUUUGAAUUGUUUGUGUAUCAGUAACCAGACAAACCCUAAAAUGGCAAGGAUGCCUAAGGUGCCUUGAGUGUGCCAGUAUUAGUGGUGAGUAAAUAUGUGAUAGUGCGCAUUUUGUACAUCAUUAGUUGAUUCUGGUCGUGGAGUGCUGACAAUAAAAAUUGAGUUGAUGUUAUAAAAUGCAGUGUUGCAACCUAUGGAUAUAAUCAAAAGUGUAAUAUGUCUUUUAAGUUAGAAAACUAAUGACUUAUAAGAUAUUAUACUGGAAUCAAAUUCUGCUAAAUAUCAUAAUUAUUCAGACCUAUAUAUAAUUAUAUAUCUAAACACGUAGUUCAUAUAAACAUGAGUUCUUGGUGCUUGAACCUGAAAAUAGCCACGUGUACAAAUAUUGAGAAGUCAAUGUAAACAGUAUAUAGAGUUCGAUCUACAUUCACAUUACUUUAUACAUUCUUUUCUAAAUUGUCCUAUGUAUGAAAAUUUUGCUUCAUUCAAGUCAUUUUAAUUAUAGUAUAUGAUCCAUGUUCAUUAUCUUUCUCUUUAGCCUGGAAGUCAGUUUUGUUAUAAUCCAGCAUGUGUUAUUUUCCCUUGAUAAUGUUUGAACUACUUAAUAAUAAGCUGCUUUGGAAUAAGAUCAUAAAUAAACACAUUAUGUUGUUAAUGAAGAAAGAACAGUGUUGUAUACUGUCAGAAAUUAGGUCAUCUAAAAAUUUUGAUCUGUGUAGUAUGCAUUGUCAUAGUGCAGUAUUUCAAGGGGUCAUGAUGAUUCACACAACCAAAGAUUUCAUGAAUUUGUCAAGUGUGGAUAGUCCUCUAUACUUAUAUAUCCCUUUUGGUGUUUGUGUGAUGUACAGUGGUUAUUUUAGUGCUGGAGCAAAGCAUAUUAAUCUUUCAGAUAUAGAAAUAACUCCAAGUAAUAAAUUUUGUUUAAGAUUUUAAUGUAUUAUGACAUGAUUCAGUAACACAGUGUAUUAUUAUCAGUUGUCAAAUAUGCUUUAUUAUAAAUUACAAAGUAUCAUAUAGUUAACAUCUCUACUUGCCUUUAGACUGUUUGUGCAACCUUUAAGCAUUCACAAGUUUAAAACCCCUCAUAUACAGAGCUAUGACACUGCGUACAUGCAGUCACGGUUUACUGCAUGAACAUUGAAAUACGUAGUAGGAUUUAUAUUUUUCUAAUCCUUGCACAUUGCAGUAUAAAGCUCUAUUAACUGUAUGAGGAAACGUUAUUUUAUGACAUUUAUUUCAUGCCAUGCUUGUGGUGCUAAACUGGACAAUUUGGAAAAGUUUUUAUACUGUAUGUUUUUGAAGUACUAUAUCUGGUGUUAAUCUUUAUUGUUUUGGCAAAGGGUGAUAAUUGUAGAACUUGAGUUAGACCUCAACUUGUUCCCAUGUUUGCUUGUUACAACACAGUUUUCAUUGCCUUACUAUGUUAUAUAUACAUUGUCGUUUACUUGUGGAUAAUCUGGUAAUUUCUUUAAAUGUUUUGAAUUUCAUUUAGUCUGAUGUUUCUCAGAUAUGGCCAACUUGUUUGCCAAAUUAAUUAUACAACUAUAUAAUAACUGAUAAGUACAAAGUAUAUAGGUAUUUCAAGUUGUGAAAACCUUCUUUAUUUUAACAGAGAAAGGUACCAGUGAGUUUGUUCAAGUCAAUGUUGAAGUUCUAUGUUAGCAUUAAAGUUCUAUGUUAGCAAAAAUUUUCGAAUUUUAUUGUGGUAUUGGUUGCUUGGGAUGAUAGCCAUGUUUUAUCUUUUUAAAAGAAUGUAAUGCGCUGAUGGAAUGGAUUAAUCUUAUUUGUCAAGUACAGUGUCUAAAGAGGAAUUGGAUGUGAAACAUAAGUAGUAUGUGAAGAUAUUCUCUUCCAUCAGUGCGUCAGCAUCAGCUGUUUUACAAAACCCAUAAGCCAAAGAUGUUUUUGCACCACAUCAUAUAAAUAUUUGUGAUAGUGGGAAGAUUAUGCAUCACACUUCUUUUCUAUUAUAAAGUUAAAUGUAAACAUGUAUGCAUUAAAUCUGUUGAAAGAAAAGGGAUAUUGCUUAUUUUAUGUAUUUGUAUCCACUGCAGACUGCUACAAGUGUUGCCAGGAUGCACACUUAUUGGUUAUUAUGUACCCAGUUUGUUCAUUGCAGUUAACGCACAUUAGGUUUCAAGAUUAUUUUCAUACCUCUUACAGUGUUUUAUUAGUGUAGUAAAUGUUUUUGUUGACGUUCUAGGAGAAAAUUCUAAGGCAGCCACUGUAAUAUAUGUUAAGUGGUUGAAUUCACACAGAGAGGUGUAAAUGUUAGUUUACAGUAUUAGUUGUGUAACAAUCUUUCAGCUGGCAGUGGACAAGACAUUAAAAUACAUAAGUACAGUAAGUAGUACAUGCCCCUUACCCACUGUGCCUGUCUAGUAUGGUUGGUGAUAUAAGUAAAUGGAGCUUGUGCAUAAUCUGGCAACACUUGUUUUCUGCAAGCCAAAGACGCUCGUGUUGAGUUGCUGUACAGGUUCAGGUUGUUCGAGCUUAGAUUAGCGAUAGAGAAGUGUGGUUUAUGUGUACAGAUUGAGAUAUUAUAAUAUGGAGGUCUUAGAUUUUUUAAAAGAAAAGAUUACGUCCCAGUUUAGGUCAGUGAUGGACCUUUUGUUAAUUAGCCACCAAGUGGUUUGUUUCUCUCAUGUUCAAAAUAACAGUAUGGGUGUGACUCCAUGAUGGGGUUGUCUUAUGGCCCCACAUGUAAGAUGUAUAUUUUGUCUCCGAGGUUUAUUAGGAGACACGCCCAUAUUGAAUAUUGUUGCCUCUUGUAUUGUCACCAACUACUCUUCAGUCUGCAGUCUAGCUAUGAAGAUAUUAUUAAAAAAUAUAGUAUAUGUAUUUUACAUAUAUAGAUUUUUUCUAUAUACUUAUAUACGAGUGACCAGGAAAUAUCUGGCAAGGGAAUGUGAUCUUAAGUGAUAGUGUUUUUCUUUUUCAGUAUAACUGUCAUGGACCAAAUAUUGUGCAGACUGAGAGUUGUUAUCCCCUCCUUUACCUAUCUCAUAUUCAUGUUUAAUUCAUUGUCACUAUGCUUGUAUUACUAAGAACACAAUUUCAAAAAUUAUCCCUUGUCAGGUCUAAGUAGUUAAAUAUGAGGAAAUUUUAAAAAUCUAACAUUUUGAAGGGAUGAAAGUGAAGCUGUGUUUUGAGUAAGACUAGCUCUGGUGUUCUUAAGUCAUCAUGUCAUUCAGACGUAUAAGAACAUUACCCCCUCCCAUUUCAUUCCCAACUUUCUCUCCAACAACCCAUCCUUACUUGUGUCCUAUGUAUAAAAUAUAAAAAAAGCAAAUUAUUUGCCCCACAUCUGGACACUGCUACCUAAAAGGUAUCUUUAUGCUAGUUAUUCUUCUUUGCUUUAACAAAAAAAAAAUGUCAAGCUUUAUCAAUACACGAUUUCAACUUGAAA